AUGACUCUCUUAGAAAAUGAUACAGAUAAAGGCAUGUUCUCAACUUUGACUUUCAAGAAUGUUGACAAAGGUGACACAUCAUUAUUUGUUUGUGUUGCAAAAAAUAAAUAUGGCACUGACCGUUCAGAGGUGUGGUUAUAUGUACAAGAGCCUCCAGAAGCGCCAUUACAUGUGCAUAUCAGCAAUUACUCAAGUCGUUCAGUGGAUCUUAUGUGGGAACAACCAUACAAUGGCAAUAGUCCAAUCAAGUCCUACAUUAUUCAGUACAAAAAUUCAUCAGUUGCUUGGUACAAGAAUGUUGCUCAGGUUGUGGUAGAUGGGGACACUUUGAGUGGCUCUAUCAAUGACCUAAUGCCUGCCCAUACCUACAAUAUCAGAGUGCUUGCUGAAAAUUCAGUUGGUAUGUCUAAUUCAAGUGAUAUACUUACUGUCACUACUCUGGAGGAGGUUCCAGAGGCACCACCCAGAGACGUUAAGGUGAAAAUGAAAGAUUCAAUGUCUCUUGUUGUCACAUGGAAGCCUCCUGAUUUGUAUCUUCAACAUGGUGAAAUAAUAGGUUAUUAUGUUGGAUACAAAAAAUCAAAUUCAACGGAAGCAUAUCACUAUAAAACUUACGAUAUGCCUCCUGACACGCCUUUGCAAUAUGUUUUGACAAAUCUUCAGAAGUAUACCCAGUACACGGUGUUAGUUCAGGCUUAUAACAAAAUUGGCGCUGGUCCACGAAGUCAAGAGGUUAUUGCAGCAACAGAUGAAGAUGUUCCAGGUGCACCACCAAAUGAUGUACAGUGCACAUCUCUUACAUCACAAAGCAUCCUGGUGCUUUGGUCUCCACCACCAGAUUCAGAGUUCAAUGGAAUACUAAGAGGCUACAAAGUGCUUUACAAACCUUUAUGCUAUGGAGAAGGGGUGUCCGCUCCUUCAGAACUCAUUACAAUUGACCAAAAAGUGGAGCUGAAGAAACUUGAGCAUUUUUGCAACUACAGUGUACAAGUUCAAGCAUUUACCAGUAAAGGUGAUGGUGUGAGCAGCCAACCUACCUUCUGCAGGACUCAAGAGGAUGUACCUACUGAACCAGAAAAUAUAAAAGCUGCAGUGACUGACUCACGAACAAUACUACUCUCAUGGUUACCACCACUAUACCCUAAUGGAAUAAUCAGAAGUUAUAGAGUUUAUAUGAGAUCACUAGAGGGGAUGGCCAUGGAUAAAGAUAAAUUUGACAUUCCUGCUGAACGAACUCACCACAUAGUUUCACCUUUAAAAACGGACAAUCAGUAUGAGUUCUGGGUAACAGCAGUUACAACAGUUGGAGAGGGAUCAGAAUCAAGGCAUAUAGUGCAAGCACCAACUGAUAAUGCUCCAGCAAAGAUAGCCUCAUUUGGUAAAUUUAUCACUACAGCUCUUCAUGAAACUCUAAGACUAUCAUGCCGUGCUGUAGGCCAACCUGAUCCACAUCAGUACUGGAGGAAGAAUGGAAACCCAAUUGAAGAGGAUAGUCGUACACAAAUAAUUGAUGCUUGGUUACUGCAGAUCAGUCCAGUACAGAGCACUGAUGCUGGAAAUUAUUCAUGUUCAGCAGAAAAUAUAUAUGGGAAAGAUAAAAUCACCUACUAUGUUGCAGUACAAGUUCCACUAGCACCAACUAAUUUGCAUGCUUCAUCGGCAACUGUUUCAAGCAUCACACUAAAUUGGCUGCUUUCAUCAGAUACUGAUCAUAAGAUUCAAGGCAAUUAUUUAUAUUACAAGAGGGAAUUUGGAGAAUGGGAAAGAAUCAAAUUAAAGGCAGAGGAGACUGGUUUUACACUUAACCAUCUGCAAUGUGGCACAAAGUAUUACUUUUAUCUUGAGGCAUUCAGUCAACUUCGGCACAGUGAGCCAACAUCUACAAUCACUGCAUUUACUCAGGGUUCAGCACCAUUUGCACCGAGCAUAUCUGAUUUAAUACAAGUAAAUUCCAGUUUCAUUUUGUUAAACCUGACAUCAUGGGAUGAUGGCGAUUGUCCUAUUACAUCUAUUGUAAUUGAGUAUAGACAAAAGAAUGAUAAUUCCUGGACACUUGUUUCAAAUAACAUCAAGAAAGAGCAGAGUGAAUUUCUCAUUUUAGAUCUAAAUCCAGGCACUUGGUAUACCUUACGUGUUACUGCUCAUAACAGUGCUGGUUCAACCGUGGAGCAUUACAAUUUUGUUACUCUCACACAUUUUGGAGCUACAGUUGCUCCAGAAUUAAGAACACCUCCUGGAUCUGGAAGAAAACCAUUUUAUAAUGAUGCAGGAACAGUAGCAGCAAUUAUCAUUGGUCUAACACUUGCUGUUAUUGCAGCUGCUGUUUUGUUUUUCUGUUUGAGAAGACACAAUAUGAUAUCAUGUAACAAGUACAGAGAGAAAUCUCAAGAUACAGGACAGUUAGCCAUUGCAGACAAAAGAGUGGCACAGAAUACAUAUGUUAACAGCGAUAGUGGUAAAGACUCCUCAAACAUCCCAGAACCAACAUAUCUGCCAAAUCCCAUGUGCAUGACUCUUGGUCACCGGCAAAACAUAAGUCCAUAUGCAACUUUCCAAGUGCCAGUUUCUGGUGGCCCUAACUGCUCUGAUGGUGAAGUGGAAUCAGAGAUACAAGACAUCAGUCACAAACAACACAUAAGCAAGUGUGGUAGCAGCACUGAGUCAACAUACUCCAGAAUUCAUAAAGGAUUUCAGCAUGGAAAUGAAACUCCUGAAUGGAUUCCUUUGCAUAAUUUGUAUCAAGCACACAGAUACUAACAUCCAUCCUUCACAGUUUGCAAUAUGACUAAGUCAUUGAAGAAUGCAGUAAAGAGAAGCAAGUCAACUACU